CUCGGAAACGAAGCAUAACUAAACCCACAAAAUGAAGUAGAAAGAUGAAGACAGAAAUAAAGACGAAAAACAGAGAGAAAUUAAGAAGGGAAGAAAGAAGUCAGUAGUACAUCGAUUCCUGGUGCGGAAGCGGGGACGAAGACAAGGGAGUAGCAAUUCUCUCUUCUUCUGCCGAAGCCCUUAUCGGCUCAUCUACAUCUUUCUUUUUCUCUCCUUCUCUAUCUUCGACUUCGAGCAGGCGCGAUUCUCCGAAGAAGAGGAGGCGAGCGGCUGCAACGCCUGAUCUCCAUCACGGGAAUCGCGAUCUCGGAGGACAGGUAUUUUGGAUGCGCAAGCCGAUCCUGAAGACGACGCUUUUACUAGAAUUCAGCUUGGAACAUGACCGGAAAUGGAGGAGGCGAGGACGGCACGGCAGCGUCUUCCUCGGCGCCGGCGCCGCUCGAGUGGAAAUUCUCUCAGGUGUUUGGUGAGCGUACCGCUGGAGAAGAAGUUCAGGAAGUUGACAUUAUUUCUGCAAUUGAAUUUGAUAAAUCUGGAGAUCAUCUUGCCACUGGAGACAGAGGGGGGCGUGUAGUUUUAUUUGAGAGGACAGAUGUUAAGGAGCAUGCUUCUAGAAGGGAUCUUGAGAGGCAAGAUUAUGUAAUUACAAGGCAUCCUGAAUUUCGAUACAAAACAGAAUUUCAGAGUCAUGAACCUGAGUUUGACUACCUUAAAAGCUUGGAAAUAGAAGAGAAAAUCAACAAAAUCAGAUGGUGCCAAACCUCUAAUGGUGCGUUGUUUCUCCUAUCAACUAAUGACAAAACAAUAAAGUUUUGGAAGGUGCAAGAGAAGAAAGUCAAGAAAAUUUUUGAGAUGAAUGUGAAUCCUUCACAAGCUGCUGGAAAUGGUAACAUUUCUAGCUCAAAUACAGCUAGUCCAAAGGUGUACCUCCCAAAUGGUGUUUGUUCUGAAGUUCCAUAUAAGGGUGUUAGCCUUGGCAUCAACUUUCCCUUUGGAGGGUGUCCAACUUUGCGUCUUCCUGUGGUAGUUGCUGCUCAAGAAACAAGCCUGCUGGCCAGAUGCCGAAGAGUAUAUGCUCACGCACAUGAUUAUCACAUUAACUCUAUUUCAAAUAACAGUGACGGUGAGACAUUCAUUUCAGCGGAUGAUUUGCGCAUAAAUCUUUGGAAUCUUGAAAUUAGUAACCAAAGUUUUAAUAUUGUUGAUGUGAAGCCUGCAAAUAUGGAGGAUUUAACCGAGGUUAUAACGUCAGCAGAGUUUCAUCCUACGCAAUGUUAUACACUCGCAUAUAGUAGCUCUAAGGGCUCAAUACGACUUGUUGAUUUGCGCCAAUCAGCUUUGUGUGAUAAUCACUCCAAGUUGUUUGUGGAGCGUGAGACACCUGGGUCAAGGUCUUUUUUCACCGAGAUCAUUGCGUCAAUUUCAGAUAUUAAAUUUUCAAAAUAUGGACGACAUAUUCUGAGUCGUGAUUACAUGACCCUUAAGCUGUGGGACAUAAACAUGGAUUCUGGUCCACUUGCAACCUUCCAGGUCCACGAGUAUUUGAGGCCUAAGCUUUGCGACUUAUAUGAAAAUGAUUCAAUCUUUGACAAAUUUGAGUGCUGCUUGAGUGGAGAUGGGCUUCGGAUAGCUACUGGUUCAUAUAGCAACCUUUUCCGUGUUUUUGGUUCUGCUUCUGGAAGCACUGAGGCGACAACUCUAGAAGCUUGCAAGAAUCCUAUGAGAAGGCAAGUGCAAACGCCUGCAAGGCCUGCAAGAGCUCUUACCAGUCUAACACGUGUUGUUAGAAGAGGCGGAGAAAGCCCUGGUGUUGAUGCCAAUGGAAACUCUUACGAUUUCACAACGAAGCUACUCCAUCUAGCUUGGCAUCCAACUGAGAAUUCAAUUGCCUGUGCUGCCGCUAACAGUUUGUACAUGUAUUAUGCGUAGGGUGGAUCUGCAACAACAAUUUACAUUCAGCCAGAAUUUUUUUUGUUGGGAAACAAAGUUAUUUUGCUUCAUGUAGCUGCAAGAGCUGCAGGAGGCUUCCUUUUGUCUUUAAAAGUUCAUGCAUAAAGGGGUGACCGCCGGUCGAGGCUGCCAGAAUCUAUGUGGAAGUUUAACUGUAUCUUGUUCCCGGGACGACGGCUUCAUUCUAAUUAUUUGUUUUCUGAUUUCUGUUUACAAAGUUAAGAGAGAGGGAGAGAGAAAGGUCCAAGAAAAGAACCAAAAUACUUAUUAUGUUUCUUCUUUUAGGGGUUUUCAAGCUCAGGAAGCUCACCUGACUCUGAUGUGCUGUGAAGGGAGAUGUGUAUUUUGUUAGGAAGUUGACCUUUUGAAAUUUCUGGGUUUGGUCAUCAUUAUUAUAUUUCAUACCUUCAGUUUAAAACUGUUUGAUCAAACAAACCUUAGUGCAUCUUUUAUUCCUUGAAUAA